UGACAACUUUAAUAAGCAAUGAACUAUUCACACAUUAUUCUACUGUUAGUAUAAAUAGGUAGGUGGAAGUGAAUUAUCACUGAUAUAAAUUAUCAUUAAUUAAUUGAUAUCUAAAUGGCAAUAAAUAGCAGUGUAAAUUAAAUUAAAAUACAGUCGCAAUAUCAACAAUGCAAGUGAGACAGUCUAAACAGGACUUAUUAAAGAAAAUAACGGAAGAACAUGAGUUUGACGAUUUUGUGGUCACGGAAAGGGACGGCGAUGGGUCUAGUAUUAUGUCUUCUCUUUCCUAUGUGACAUUUCGUGCAAGAGGGAAGACCGACAUGAAGCUUUUCGCAAAAACGGCCGCGUGGUCCGAAAAAUUACGUCAGAAUAGUCCUAUUAUUCCUUAUCCAUUUACCAUCGAGCUGUACUUCUACAGGACAUUAUGGAAGCAAUACGAGAAGCUAGAAGAUAUAUGUAACGUUCCAAAGGAGAAUAGAUUCCUUAAGCCAACAUUUUAUGGCAGCAGCGACGAAUAUUUGAACGAAACUGUGGUAAUACAGGACUUGAUUGCACACGGUUAUGAGGAAUAUGAAAGAAAUACACCUGCGGAUUUCGAGUACAUGUCUGCGGGUAUUGCAUUGAUUGCGCAGUUUCACGCUCUUUCACUAGCUUACUCCCAGUACGAUCCAGAGGGUUUUAUACAAGCCAACGAAUAUUUAACAUAUGACGAAUCUAAACUAGUUGUUUGGAUUGGAAGCAUGUCCCCUAAAAUGCUGGCCAAUGCGUUCUCCUCAGCAGAAAAAUAUAGAGACAAACUUGAAAAGUACUUUAAAACACCGGAGAAACUUGUUCAACUUAUUAUGGAUUGUUACCGAAGAGGUAACGACAAAGUAUUGGUUCAUGGCGAUUUCAAGCCAAGCAACUUAAUGCAUAGACGUAGAAAUGGGAAGCUAGAGUUAUGUGUCAUUGACUUUCAGAAUGUACACGACGCAGAUGCUGUGGCUGAUAUUAUGUACUUCAUUUUUACUGCCACCGAUGAAUCAUUCCGCCGUGCCCACUACUAUGAAUUACUGGAUCUGUACUAUGAGGAGCUGAAGGCAUCGUUGCUUAGACUACGCGUCGACCCAGAACUGGUAUACCCGGAGAAUAUUUACAGAUCGCGCUUGGAAAAAUGUGCGAUGUUGGGGCUAGCUAUAGGCGUGGCGUGUCUGCCUACGGUGUUAGUGGAUAAAGAAAAUGCCCCGGAUUUAGAUAAGGAUCCACACUCGGUUGCGGUGGAAGGUAGCGCGCUUUUUAAAGAGCGUUUUAAUGGUAUCCUUAAUAGCUACGUGGAGUGGGGACUGCUGUGAGGCGCCGACUUUAGAUGUCCUAGGUUGAUUAACAUCGAUAAACUGAUUUAUUAUCUUCGUCGGUUGACCUGUCUUGUUUUUGUCAUCAUGUAGUCUGCGCAUACCAAGGCCUGCAAGGCCAAGGUGGGUUCGGUACCUAUAUUAUAUGUAAAAGCAGUAGCUGGAUAAGGGAACGAAAAAUGCCCUUUAAUAUUAUGACUUGAUUUUUUUUCUACAAUUAUAGUCGUAGUUUCAAGUUUCAAGUUUCUUUAUUUGGCCAAGUAACAACAGAACGUUACAUCUAGCAUGUCAAAAUACAGGGGCCUUAUUCGAGAUGCACAACUGUCAAAUUUCGCGUCCACAUCAAAUCAACACUUGAUUCUAUCGCAUGUUGAUUGUAUCAAGUGUUGAUUCUAUCAACUGUGGAUAUUAUCAUUUGGAACAAUCAAAACUCAUUCAUAGAAAAAAUAAUCAAACAAAAAUCAACUUUGUUUAUUACUACUAUAUAGUUUGAAAUGGCUCUGAACUCGAAGUGGUUCGGUUUGAUUUGAUUGUCACCUGACUUUGGAUUGCUAAUGUCAAAUUUUGACAAGUGUUGAUUUUAUUGCUAGACUUUUUUGUCCAUGGGCUUGGGCACCAUCUUGGAUUUUUUGACGUACGACAGGGAAUACCCUUCCUUUCCUACAAUAUAUGGCAUAGAGUAAAGCGUCUUUUUUUUAAAACAUAAGUUUACAGGAAUCAGCGACAUCUUGUAUUCGAUAGGAUAAGUAAUGCGCUAUGAACAAUGCGGCGGCGAGUAGUGAAACUGUACCUGACAACGUCAAUCAAUUAAAAAGUGACCACACAGUUGAUGGUCGAUAAAGGCGAUUAUUAAUUGAAUUUUAACGACAAUAAAGAACUAUUGACA